GGGAAAUGGUCGCAGUAUGAGUGUGUCGACGGCCGCCUCUCUCUCUUCUCCGAUUGACAUUUUACCCCCACCGCUGGUUCCUCUUGGUGUUCCCCGUCAAAAAAGGAAUAUUCGACAUGUCGACAAUGUAUGGCGACGAGGAAUUCGUCGAAGAGAGGAACUGCUGCCGUCCACAGUUCGGAUGCCUUUGUGGAACGUCGUCAUGUCGCUGUUGCUGCCGGUUUUGUCCGAGCGUGUCGGAGUCGACAUCAACACGUUUGGUGUACAUCUUCUUCUUAAUGAUGAGUGUCGCCGUGAUGGCCCUCAUGAUAUCCGUGCCAGUUAAAGAAGGCAUUAUGGAGUUGUUUCCAGAUGACAAUGUAGUCUGCGAGUGGCUUGGGGCUGGAGAUAAGUGUGAAGAUGCUCUCGGAUACGUUGCGGUGUAUAGAUUAGGGUUUGCGUUUACCUGCUAUCAUUUCCUUCUCAUGUUAGUUACUUGUGGAGUUUCAAGUAGUCGCGACUGCCGAGCGGGUUUGCACAACGGCAUGUGGUUUUACAAGUUCUUACUCCUCUUGACGUUUUGCAUCGGGGCUUUCUUUAUCCCAGAUCCCCAAGACUGGUUUAUCACAGUCUGGAUGUAUACAGCGAUGGCUGGAGCAGCUCUCUUCAUAGUGAUACAGUUAUUACUUCUUGUGUUUCUGUACCAUUCGUGGACCGACAAAAUCGCUGCCAGGGUGGAUAAUGGUGGAUCACGGUGCUUUUGGUAUGGCUAUGUGGCGCUGACUGUGUCAAUAGUUGCAUACAGUAUCUGCGCCUGUGCCGUCAUUCUCCUCUACUAUUAUUUUGCUGCUGACGAGGGAUGCGAUCGAAAUAGAUGGUUCAUUCUUAUUAACACUGCAGCCUGUGUGCUGGUCUCGAUUGUUGCAGUUGUAAAACAGGGUCCAAAGGAUAUUCGCCUACGUCUUCUGCACUCGUCGCUUGUCUCAAUGUACGUAAUAUAUCUCACCUGGACCGCAAUAGGAAGUGCACCCCGCAAAUACCAAAAACCAGAUAGCCGCAACAUUUGGAUUGGGCCAGGAUUUCACACCAGUUCCAGAAUCCUCACAACAGAACAACAGUAUUAUUGUGGACCUGACGACGACGAAGAAACUAAAGCUGAUACAAUAAUGCCGUACGUGAGUUUUGUCAUUACGUUCACAACGGUUAUGUAUUCUGCAGUUGGAACAUCAUCAACAGACAGUUGCCAGGCUAUAGAAUUCCCAAGCUGUCCAAGCAGACAGACAGUUCACCGUCAUAAAGUUGAAGACAUUGGAGGACAGAGAGUCAUUCGAAACGAAGCUAACGGCUUGGCUUACAGCUAUUCUCUUUUCCAUGUCAUGUUAGGUUUGGCAACUAUGUAUAUGAUGAUGAGCUUGACUGCUUGGUACACCCCACAGUUUGCGCAGCUCAUGACGUUUGGUCGUUCCUGGUCCGCCGUCUGGAUAAAGAUGAGCUCUUCGUGGGUGUGUCUCAUGAUAUAUUUCUCUGUGUCUAUUUUUCCGGCCAUGCUGCCGAGGAAGGGUGGAAGAACAGUCCCCAUCAAUGGAACUACAAUAGCCAAUGGAAGUUUGCGAGGUAGUCUGCGCAGUUUAGACGAUGACGACGAAGCUGCCGUUCCUCUUUCUCCGAGCAAACCAGCUAAAAUUGUUCAGGAAACUACAGUAUGAAUAUUAGGAGAGGUGUGAUUUUAAUUUAACUUCCAUCAAAUUUUAACAUUGUCCUCCUGGUUUUUUUUUUAUAUUAAAAUGUUAUUAUACAAUUGUAAAUAUUUGCUUCUCAAUUUACUGAAAAGGAUUGAUAUUUUUCUGUUAUUAACCCAUCAGAGCCUAUAGCUUGUAGAAUCUUUGUAUGGUGCAUUUUAUUAUCCAUUGUUAUAUGCUUCACUAAACAUUCUUAGCAAUGUGAACUUUUCUGGUAAGAACAUCAGAGUAACUAAAUAUUUGUUCAAACAGAAAUAUAAAUCAUUGCAUUUUAAGUAGAUUUCGUUAAUGUGGGCUAUAAACUGUUGUUGAACUUGGUAACAAAGUUUUUAAUUGUAGUUAGUGGGUGAAUUAUUGCCUCUAAAAUCCUUAUUUGGCAGCCAUAACCCAUCUCUUUCUUUUGCCUAUUCAAGGGUACAGAUUUAUGUGCUGCUCUCUCCUAGCUGUCUUAUUGAAGUUGCUUUUUCUGUUGGUGUAUAUGUCUGUGUUUGUGCACUUAUUGUGGAGGCUAAUGACAUGAGCAAGUAUGUUGCCACUCUUUCCUCUUGUGUUUGUGUAUCUCCCAUGGACUUUGUUCAUCCUGCGGGGUUAGGUCCUGCCACCCUGAUUAUCCCUGUGGUGAGGAGUUUGCUGGGUGGUCUCCUUUGCAAUGGAUUAAGUUUAUCAAAAACUGUGACCAAAAAGCAUUUGCCUGUCUUCCACAAUCUUUUUUUUUUUUUUUUCAUCACUUGGCCACAGCUAAGUGAUCCACUGUUCCUGUUACUGCUUUUGCGAUCCCUGCUUUAGGAUCUCAAUGUAAUUGAGACUCCUGUAGUAAGUAGUUGUCCUGCCUUUGGGAGAUACACCUGCAUUAUCAAAAACAGGCAUGCGACAAUAUCAUUGUCAAUUCCAUCCUGAACCAGCUCUGUUGUAGUUGAGAAGAGCAAGACUUACAAAUGGAGUAAGAUAUAUAAUCUUCUCCAUCUCCUCUUCCCCUUCUUCCUCUAGAAAAGCAAAGAAGUCGUGUCAGGCUUCGAGUAAGUGCCUUCCUUCUUCAAGGGUUGGUGGCAGAGUUCGCUUGCCUGCAGGUUAGAUGUUUGCUGUAGACUGGUUUGACUUGGGAGUUCCUUAGCGUGCUCAGGACCUCAUGUCUCUCUUUCUUAUUAGACCAGGGAACUGUCCCGAACUCUCUCCUGUACUUCUGCAGAGGUAUACAGAGUAGAGUUGGCACUAUCCUCUCAUUGAUAUCGUGCACGUGCAGAUGGGGUUAGCACAGCAGGUCUCUGUUGUAUUUUACUAUACCUCUUAUUAUUAUGAGAAUCCGCAGCACUAGAUUGUGCAGGCUCUUGGGCUGUGUCUGGUAAGUUCUGAAUAAGUCCAAGUGAGGGGGUCGCCCCACAUUUACCCAACUUCCUUGAAUAAAACCACCUUAUAACCAGGUUUCUACAACUGUUUGCAACUCACACUGAGGAAUACUACAUAAAAGGCUCUGUUUUGUAUGCCUAGGAAGAAUUACUUAAAGAUUAAUUAACUUGAUAUUUAUUUUUAAUAAAUUGUAAUGUUAGCAGGUAAUUGUAUUUCUAAGUAAUUUUCAAGUUAGAAAAAAUUUAGCUCUAAUAGUAAAUACCACAAAAUCUAUAUGAAGUGAACAGAAAACUCAUUGGAGUACUGUUUACUGCUUGAUAGAAACUUUUAUUUCACUCUUAAUUGUUUCAUUAUCAGUAAACUUUGUCAGUAAACAAGAAAAGAUUUUUACAGUAUACAAAGUUAUACCUGGUACUCAGUCUCUUUUUACUCAUCUUGCAGAAAUUAGACAUGCGUGGUUCUCUCUACUCUCGUCCUUUUUCUGUUUUGGAGUGAUUUCACCACACCAACGUGUACCAAGGACUUUGUUCUUAUAAGGAAGAAGUUACACAACCAAGUUUUUAUUUGUAAUAGAUAGCUAUAAAUAGAGUAUUGGCUACGAAGGAUUGCUUAUAAAAGUAGUUGAUCUCGGAUCUGUAAAGUAACAGUUUUGGUACUGGAUUUAUGAUUGUGGCUCGGCAAGGAAAAAAAAAAGAAAGAUUCAAGGAAAUUUUAAAAGCAUUUAGAGAAGAGUGCUUUGGGAUUUGUGAUUUUUGUCAUUUGGGAUUUUUGUCAAAACCAAGUUUACAUUUGGGUAGUGUAGGCGUAAAUUUUUGUCUGAGAGACUGCCAAGUCAUCCUGACUUACAUUUAUACUGACAUGGUAUUUCCUAUUUAUUAUCUGACCUAUAUCACUUUUUUAAGGUAAUGAUGUAUGGGUGAAACAGACCAGAUUUUAGUUCAGGCAAUAAAUGAUUGACUUGAUGAUAAUGAUGAAUGUGUCAUUCUGAUGAGAGUUAUACUGAUGAAUUUAGUCAGAAUAUUAUAAGUAUGGUAAUUUAUCACUGUGUCUUAUCUGCAUUUCAUUCCGUCCGUUUGAAAGUUCAGAUUUUUGUCGUGAAUAGUGGGCUAAUAUCAGAUAUCUAAAUUUGAUUUACCAUUAAUGGAAUGAAUCUUUUAGAAUUUUAGAUUUAUUAUGACACAGUAGCCAGUAUAAAAUAUAUUGCCAUCAGAUAAGUAUUUGAUACCUUAUUUAUUAAUUAUUUUGUUUUCAUAUCUGUGCAAAUAACUAAUAAUUAAUCUGUUACACAGAAAGUACAAUUUUCAAGCGAGUGUUGCUUCCAAUUCUCGUGAAUUUAAUGUUUAUAUUCCCAGACUUGGUUUGUGUAGACGCCUUGACAUGUGGUGUAGUUACAUGUUUCAGAUCUGACUAACCAACCUCCAACAAAUAAAACAUCUGUGGUAUACCAUUAUUAUAUAUUUACAUUUUCUUGUUUGUAUCUGCAUGGUGUCUGUGUGUGUGUGAAAGUAUUCAAUAACUGGAAAGUGAUGCGUUUGUAAAGAGGACAAUAUUUUUUUUAAUGUCUGGUAGGUUACUUUAGUCAGUAACCUACUUAAACCUGGGUAAGAGUUGGGGUGAUACUGCAUGAAGGAAAGUAAUGCUUGAACCUUAGUUGGUGUUAUUAUUAUUGUAAAAGAUUAGUUUAUCCGGACCUCUGAGCCUAAUAAAGCCUCUUCUCGGACUGGUUUGAAACUUGGUAAGUUUGGGAGAAUUAGCAACCAAUGUUUAAGUUUUUAAAGCCGUUGAUGAUUCGUUUUCUUUCUCAGUAUUUUUUUUUUACUCUGGAUGCAAUUGUAAAUGUUUUUGAGGCUUUUAAAACCUUAAUUGGAAUCCCUUUGAAUUGUUAUUUUUCCAUUACUCUACUUGCACCUGUUUGGGCAGUUUUAAAGUCUUUUAAUUCAUGAUUUACUAAUGCACUCGGGGUCGUUUUGUGCCAUCACAAGUAGAGUAUAUAAUGUGCACUCAUAGUUCAGGACCCACACAACUUCCAAACGUGCUUUUAGUUUUAUAUCACCAGUGUUAUCAUUGUAACCUUAGUGGAGAAGUUUUUACGCACACACUUCAAGAGAUCUUUGUUACGUCCAAAACGAAGUCCAGUAGGUUUAUCCUGAUAACAUGCUCCUCCAUUUUUAUCUUUGGUUUCCUUUAUCUCAAAGUUUAGCUUGUUUCCCCUUUCCUUUUUCUUUGUAGCAUAGGCUAGAGAAGGUUAUUGUUGAUAUUGUAAUUGCUUAAGGAUACUUGAGUUGCGUUUCUUAAUACACAAGGGCUAGUCUGAACGGGAAGACUUCUUAAUUGAUGGGCAAAAAGAGGCCUAGUGUAAAGUUGAUAGAUGCUAGAUAAUGAAGUAGUUAGAGAUAAAGUGUGAAGUAAUUAAAAAGUAAAAGGCUGAUAGCCAUAUUUUUUUUUACAAGUGAGAAAUGCUGCAAUAGUGAGAAACUGAGAAGGUACUCCCUGACUAGAUGCUGUAUGAUAAAUCUUUAAAAUACCCCAUCUUAUCCACCUUAGCAAAAUGGAAAAGCAUUCAUAUUUUGCCCUGUGAGCAUGUUGCAUUUAUUUUUAAUUGUGUUGAUAUUUGAGAAAGGAAACAUAUAUUGUUGAUAUUUUUCAUGUUAGACACACUGUAUUGAUAUUUUAUCUCUAUUGAUAUAUUAUCUCACUGACAUUUUCAGUAGACCUGCAUAAAUUUUCCUUGUGAGAUGCAGUUUCUGAAAGAAUUUAUUUAAUUUCUUUUGUAGUGGUUGUGUAGUCCAUUGCUGUGAGGUGAUUGCUGUGCAGUGGCCUUAGAUUUUUCUUUUACGGCUACUAACAAGUUCCUGUUAUUAUGUGCUUAUUUCUUUCAUUCUUAAAAGAAACUAACAUUAGUGCACGUUGCGUAAAACAGACUGUUGCCUAACUGCUUUUUGAUUUUGCGUAAUUGUUUUCUGUGUGGAGGAUCCUUUUACAGUAUUUCUGAUAUAUUUACGUGUAAAUAAUUCUCAUUUGUUUAAUGCGUACAAUUUCUUUUACAGAUAUAGUUCAUAAAACUUUUGUGUAAAUACAUAUUUUAUAUAUUUUAAUAUAUUGUACCGUAACACAUUUUCCUUAAGUGGUCAAGUUUUUGUUUCACUUAUGUAGAUCUGAAAAAACUCGUUUUUAAGUGUAAGCUUGAUAUUACUGCUAUAGAUCUGUUGUGAUGAGAGAAUCUGGUAAUGUUAGCUAAACUUUGCUUGAUAUAGAUAAUAUCAUAGCUAUGAAUCUCAAAAUGUUGCUAUUCAAUUCCAGUUUGGUUUUGGCAAGAAAUGUUUCUCUUGCCAUCUUGGGGAUGGCUAUUAAUUGUGCAGCUUGUUACAUGGUAAUUAUUUUGGUGAAGCAGAUGGUUGUGUAGACUACUAGUCUCAUACUCUCAAGAUUUUGGAUGUGGUACCUACCUAUCUGCUCUCUUAAAUUGAAAAAUUUGACUCGAUAGGGCAAAUGUUUCAAAUUAUAGAUUGUGACGUGUUGGUUGUGUGAAAGAAAUAUUGAAGACUAGAUAUCUACUUUGGAUUAUACAGAAGUAGGGUAGAAAGUGUCCCUACAGCAUUAUUGUCAAUUGUAGAUUUCUCUUCUGGGUUUUUGUAAGGGUUUUAAUGUUAAAAGUGAGUUUAUGUGAAGGUUUAAUAUUCAUUUUGUACUGUAUUUUAAGUUGUUGAAUUGAGGUUUUGUUGUGUAUUGUAAAUAUAUGCAGAAUUGUGGUGAGCAGAAAUCUGUUCAACAUUGUCAUGAGUAUAUUUCAAUUUCAACCCUACAUUGAUUGAUGUAUGUAUUUGAGGCAAUAAUAUGUCUGCAUUAGAGUAAUCUUGGUGAUAGAAGUUUACUUACGACGUGGUUUGGAAGUCGCGCAAAGUUGUUGGUCCCGUUGCUGAAUAACCACUGGUUCCAUGCAACGUAAAAACACCAUACAAACAAACAUUAGAGUAAUCUAAAAGGUAUAUGGAAAGUUUACAAAUUAUCCGGAAGGGGUUAAUAUGCACACUGGAGAAAGCUAUAUGUUCACCUAGGAUUAAUGUGUUUGGGGGGCUGGUGGUUCUUGUUUUGUAUAGUUGGGUAGUGUCCUCAGUAUUGUAAGAUGUAAAUAUCUAAAGGUCUUUUUCAAGCAUUUGUUGUGUCUUAGUGGGGUAGUUUGAUAUGAUUAAAUGUUUUCAGGAUCUGGUGGGCACAUUUCCAAUAGUUAAUUAUGAUGAACAAAUCCAAAACCAGUCAUUUUUGUUAUGACUCCUCUAUUUCCUCAAAAAUUUUUUUAAUACUCUUCAUUGAAAACCUGAAAUCUUGAACGGUUCACUGCAGAAAUACUCUAAUUUUAGAUCAAAAUUGAACCCGCUCUACUAGAAAGUUAGGUUACCACUAAUACACAAGAGAAGGGAGAGUUUCUAUAAGUAUAGUUCCUCAUUUUGUAAUCAAAGCUUUCAGUAGAAAGUAUAUCCAAAAUUACUAUUCAAGAAAAGUGAAAGUAAGAAGUUAAUAGACACUUGACUGUAUUAUGUCUGUUUAAACUUGCAAUUUCUUUAUCAUAUUUACUAUAAGUAGUAUCGACUUUAUAGUACUAGUAAGAGGAAAAAUGUGUUCCUAUAUAAGCAACAUUCUAUGUAGCCUGACCAAUUAUCCAAAGUGCACUUGUUACUGUAGUCUGCAUUUAAACUUUGUAGUAACUAAAACAAUCCACUGGGAAAGAUCAGCAAAAGGGUACAUAUUUACAGGUCUGUAAUUAUAGAUAUGAGAAACUUAGUGGAUGCCACGACACUGUGUGUAUUGUAUUUUUGGUGAUUUCACUCAUUUUUAUUCAUGCAUUAAAUUUAUGGUAAUGAAUGUAUAUGUAAUGUUGAUCGUGAUGAAUCAUAAUUGUAGCACAAGUCAUGGUGUAAGGCCUACAAAUAUUACUACAUAAUAUAUUUUGAUGCUUUAAAAAUCAGACUUUAUCAGUAAUAUAUAUAUUUAAAGAUACAGUAGAUAUAGUGUUAUAUGUAUUUGGACAGCUGUACAGUAGCUUAUAUAGAGUAGUUUAUCUAUGGUCAAAAACACAUUAGACUAAGAACUUUAAAUGACAGGCGUGGUUGCCAUUUUAAUUUCAACACAGUUUAUCGUUUCUGUUAUUUGUAGUGUUGCAAGAAUAUGUAACACAUGAAGACCCAUCACUGAAAUUGUUUUUUGAAUAGGAAUAUCUGUAGCAGAUUAUAAUUACCAUAAGACUUUAAACAAAAGCAAAACCACUUCACUUACCGUACAUUUCUGUGUCUCGCUGUAGAUCAGUUUGUUAUAUAAUUGACAGGGUAUAGUAGUUAUGUUUUAUUCUUAUUUCCUGUAGCUUGUAUAGUCACGGUUUCCCGUGAAAAACCGAAUCAUUUUGUGUCCAAGAGGUUUUGUUCCAAAAACACACAGAUCUAAACAAAUUUUGUAAUAUGAACACACAAACUUUUAGUAAUAUACUGCCUUCAUGUUUGUUGAAAGUGUAACAUUUCCAAGUUUAAUUAAAACUUGAAUUGUAUACUAAGGCAGUCCCCGGGUUACAACGGGGGUUCCGUUCUUGAGACGCGUCGUAAGCCAGAACAUCGUAAAAAAUCCUAAGAAAACCUUACUUUUAAUGCUUUUGGUGCAUUGAAAACUAUGUAAACUGCAUUCUUAUUGCAUUUUUCAUAAAAAAAACCCUUCAAAUAUUGAUUAUUUUGCAUUUUUGGUGUCAUAUUUUAUCUGCCAGAUCAGCAUUGUAGGCGACGUAACUCUGGAAAUAAUUUCUGAUGAAUAUAAUUGAGAAGCGCCUUAACCUCGGAACGUCGUAAGCCGAACCCGUUUUAACCUGGGGACUGCCUGUAUUCAGUUUGUGCUGUUGACAAAUUUAAGUCAUUGAAUUUUUGCUUUCUUGUUUCACAAGAACAUUACUAGACGUAGGUUCAAUAUUUUUGAAGGCUUUCAUCUUUUAACAUGUAGAAAUAAGAAACUAGGCAUCUUAGAAAAUUUUCACUCUAUUUUACCCAUAAGUUUAUUUAAGUUUACUAAUUUCAUAUCAGAAGGAUGCCAUGAUAUCAUUUAGACUUUUUCAUUUAAUACUUGUUGCCUAAGAGGUUUGCAUAACUCAAAUGCAGCUGUUGAUGCUUUUGCUUGCUUUCCUAUGCUUUAAGUGCCAUUGAUUCUUCACAGGUUUUUUUUUCCAGCAAGUUUUAUUGUUACAAUAUAUGAGAAUCGCAAGAGAGAAAUGUGAUCAAGAGUUCAUCAUGAUUACUAAAUCAAUACGAUGACAUUGAUCUAGUUUUAAGGUAUAAUAAGUUUAAGGUAUAGGUUUAAAUUGCUUUAUAUUGUUAACGUAGUUGCUUGAAAGAUCUGAUUGUGUAAUUGCUUUAGAAUAGUGUUGUAUACCAAAGAAGAAUGCUACACAAAAUGUUAAGAGUUCAGCACAAAAUUAUAUUUUGUCCUCGAUACAAAGAACAAAUAUGUUUGUAUUAACACAGCAUGCCGAGCUUCCAUAAUGUAUCAGGAAAAGAUCUUUUUAACAAAUGUUAACUUGAUUUAGGCUUUACCCAGCUUUUCAGAAGCGAUUUGUUGGUUAAAUCAUAAAUGCAUUAUUUUUACAGCAGAAUAUAUUUUAUUGAUAAAAAUACUUUUCCAGUGAAAUCAAUAUUUUUCCAGUAAAUUUUAUACCAAGGCAUAUUUUUAUAUUUUCAACUGCAAUGUAUUUGUGAGUAGGUUUUUGUAUGUAUAAGACAAGACAUUGAAUAACUUUAUAAUGUAGAUGUGGAUUGACACGUUUGUUGUGCAUUUGUAAUUUAUGUUGUUUGUAAAUGUUUGACUGCCAAAUAUGUUCUAGGUUAUUUUGAUACAUUGUUAGAUUUGUGUUCUUUGAGCAAGAGACACUGCUCCUGUAGAAAUUGAUACUUACAAAUUGGUAGUUUUAGAAACUUUAUUCAUAAAGUAGAAUUGCAGUCAAGCUGAAGCUGACUGGAAAUCGUAGAGAUUGAACCACAUUUAUUGAUACUCAAAGUUGUAAACUUGGCCUUUAAAAUAAUCCCAUUUCAAGGAGAAAUGAAUUACUGUAUAUUAUGAUAGGUAAGAAGGCAUAUAUCCUCACAACCCCACCUACAGCCAGUAAUGAAACAAGGCGUCGAAGAAAGAUAGUAAAUUAAAAUGCUCUCCUGGAAAAGCAUUUAAUUUACUUUUAUUCUUCGGCUCCUUAUUUCAUUACUGGCUGCGGUCAUGGCGCUGAAUGACCAAAAUAGGUUCCAGUGCAUGGGCUUGUCCCUAAAUUUCAUAAUCCAUCCAUUUAUCCAUCAUAGUUCGUUCUGGUUGAAAUGGGAUUAUUUUAAGGACUAAGUUUACUACUCGCCAAGUUAUCCAAUACCAUUCAUUAAUCUUCUGUUGUUGUCCAGCCUGUUAUAAGUCAACUCUAUUUUGCUACAGUUGUAUGGUUUGAACUUUCAACUAUAGUAGGGAAGGACUAAGCCGAGCAGAUUGAAGCAGUUCUCAUAUUAUUAGUGUAGGGUGGAUAGUAGCAAAGUGGAUGGCAUUGCCCUAGUUCAUAAUUAAAACAGGUCUCUGUGGCAUUUAGCUUUCCCAGCUGGUAUGAUAAUAUCCAACUGGCAUCAAUUUCAUAUUCACUGAUCAACUGUGGAAUUGGCAUUCCCUAUCUUGCUGUUCACGCAAGGUUAGUGUUGACACUCCUCGAGCUGGGGAUAACAUCAUUGUUGUUGACUUGGACCAAGUUUAAAUUGAAUGGCAUCGCUGUCUACUGGAGCAAAUUGGUCUGGUGGUUACCUUCAUAAGUUCAGAUCUUCGUAAUGUUGUCUUGGCUGAUGGCUUGCAAGACUAAUUCUAACUAGGAUUGUACAGCUAACACAGGUGCUUCCGUCACUAGCACUGGCUCUGGGAAUAUAUAAGUAAAUAUACCUUAAAGAACACAAAUAUGAUAUAUUGCUUUUGUUCAGAUGCCUUCUGUAAAAUAGCUUUUGUAUCAAUAAAAUGGUUAAAUUA